UUUCUUCUUUGUUUCCUCUCUCCCAUUUUCUCUUUGAGUCGGUUUAAGCCAAAGCAAAACCCUUUCAUCGAGGCAUUUCGUGCUGAGGCGGCGAUUUAGGGUUUUCUCUGCUUCCGCUUCUGUUUCCUCCGAUUUCUUCCAACAAAAACGCACUCAAGGGUUUUUAGUGUUUAGAAAAUGCAAGGGGGAAGAGGUGGAGGGCCUGGUGGCAGGGGUCCUUUUGAUUUCAAUGAUCCUUUUGCUGGUUUUGGUGGAUUUGGGGGUCAGGGGAGUUUGAUGUCUAACGUCUUCGGAGGGAGGGAUCCGUUUGAUGACCCUUUCUUUACUCGCCCGUUUGGAGGGAUAUUUGACUCGGGUUUUCCGGGUAUGGGUGGAGGCAUGUUUCCUGGAAUGGGUGGCGGUAUGUUUCCUGGAAUGGGUGGCGGUAUGUUUCCCGCAAUGGGUGGCAGUAUGUUUCCUGCAAUGGGUCCUGGUAUGAAUGGAGAUAUUUUUUCAGGUAUGCGGCCAACUGGGUUCAUUGAGAAUCACGAUCAGGCUCCAGAGCGGCAGAAAUCUAGGGGUCCGAUCAUUGAGGAACUAGACUCUGAUCAUGAAGAAGAAGAGGCUAAUAGUGAGAAAAAGGAAAAUCCGCGGAAACGUGUUGGGCCAAGCAAUGAUCCUUAUGUUGAGCACCCUGAUGAUGUAGUUGAAGAGAAGAAGAGCAAGCAUUUGCAAUCUAGGGACAACUACAGUCAGUUUGGUGCUAUGCAAUCACAGCCUCAAGCUCAUAGCUACACAUUUCAGAGCUCCAGUGUCACUUAUGGCGGUGGUAAUGGUGCAUACUAUACAUCUUCCAAGACAAGAAGGAUGGGGAGUGAUGGGGUUGCUUUUGAAGAAAGUAAGGAAGCUGAUACUUCUUCUGGGAAAGCCACACACAGGGUAUCUAAGGGGCUCCACAAUAAGGGCCAUUCAAUUACUAGGAAGCUCAAAGAUGGUAAUGCAGAUACAAUGCAGACUUUGCAUAACCUUAAUGAAGAUGAGCUUUCCGGUUUUGAACAUGCAUGGAAGGGAGCUGCUCAAAAACAUAUGCCUGGAUUGAAUGAUCAGUUUGCUAGUUAUGAAAGUCUAGGAGCUGGCGGCAGCAGACAUGGGCAGGCCAGUCAGGGAGGUUGGGCACUUCCUAGCAACGAUCUUCUACAGAACUCUGGAAAUAUCAUAGCAGAUGCCCAAGGCAAAGCAGUACCUUCUCGGUCGCAGCAGUCUGGUAAUAUGAGAGAAGGUGGUACUAAUUCUUCCCGUGGGAGAGCAAAAGAUUAAGGCUAGGCCUGUGGAGCUCAUUGUGUUGGUCUUUUUGGUUGUCUUAGAAGUAGAGUUUUUGGUUACAUAUUGGAGAAUGCAGAUUUGAGGUUGUGGUGGAAGGCUGCCAGUUGUUAGUAAGACGCAUGCUGUUUAGUCUCUAUCGUUUCUAUCUCUAGUCAUAAUGUCAAUUGAAUACCCGAGUCACUCUUAUGUCGAAUGGGUUUCAUAAUUAGUUCAUAAUGUCAAAUACUCAGUUUCUCCUCUGGUUAA